AUGACCUCGCCCCUGAUCGUGACGUUCGUGCAGGCGACCAUUUUGAAUGCCAUCUCCAACAUCCUCGCGCAGCUGAUUGAUCAGCGCAACAACAAAGCUCCAUUCACUCUGAACACACCGGCUCUUCUCCAAUUUCUGGGCUAUGGCCUCUUAAUCGUGGCCCCCAAUUUCUACUGGCAACGCGCCCUGGAAGCGCGUUAUCCAGGAUUUCCUACGCGUUCCGAGCUUUCAGGUGCAUUCAGUGUUCGAUCGCUGAAGUCUAUCUUCUCACCCCGCUCAUGGCUUUCCCUCUUCUCAAAAUCUCGUGAGGAUGAUUCGCUCCCUAGCCACAAGGAGAAAGAGAAGCAUGUCCGAUGGGCAGCACGAGCGCAGAACUCCGGGCUCCGUAGCUUCUUCAUGAAAUUCUUCUUUGACCAGACGGCUGCCUCGAUCGUGAAUCUCGUGCUAUUUGUGGUUCUCAUCAAUCUGCUGAAGGGAGAGACUAUGGCAAAGUCGUGGGAAUUGGUUGUUUUGGAUUUCCGGCCUCUUAUGAGUGCCCGUCUGAAGUAUCGGCCUGUUGUUUCGGUCUUAAUGUACACAGUCAUUCCUGUGGACCGACGGGUGGUCUUUGGAAGUGCAUGUGGGGUGAUCUGGGGUGUGUAUUUGAGCUUAUAUGCAGGCGUUUAG